GCACGCAGGGCGCAUGCGCGUUGCAAUUUACACGUGAUAAAACGGGACGUAAACAAAUGUAGGGGGAACGCCGAGAGUGGAUCAAUGUGAAAAUUCAACCGUUAUAUAGCCUCACACAGCCCCACAAAUUGCCAUAGUAACUAUUUAUAACUUAGGUGGAAUGUCUGGAAGCAGCAGUGGACCCAGUACUGGCAGUAGCCUUCAUAAAAGAGUGUACCUUGAUUAUAAUGCAACAACUCCAUUGGCCCCUGAAGUUGUUAAGGCUGUAGAACAAUCUAUGCAUGAAGCUUGGGGAAAUCCAAGCUCGGCUCAUGAAGAAGGUGCAAGAGCCAGGGCGGUCAUCAACCAGGCUCGUGAUGACGUUGCCAGAAUGAUUGGUGCUACUCCCCAGGAUGUGCUUUUCAUGUCAGGAGGUACAGAGGCAAACAAUCUAGUGCUUCACUGUGCAGUAACACACUUCCGAAAAUGGUGUCUAUCGCAGGAGUCGCCCAUCUAUCACCACCUUCGUCCACACAUCAUCACCACCAAGGUUGAACAUGAUGCUGUCAAAUUACCCCUCACCCAUAGAUAUGCCAUAGAAGCCGAUGUGACAUACCUAGGAGUAGAAAACCUACCUGAGGCUGUGCUUGAGUCCAUCAGGCCAUCUACUUGUCUUAUCACCAUCAUGCUUGCAAAUAAUGAAACUGGAAUAAUGUUUUCAGUUGCACACAUUGGAAGAUUAUUAGCCGAAGUAAACAAGAAGCGCGAAAAUGAAGGUUUGUUUAAGGUACUUCUUCACACAGAUGCUGCACAAGCAAUUGGAAAAGUUCCCGUAGAUGUAACAGAUCUCAAUAUUGAUUAUCUAACUAUUGUUGGCCAUAAGUAUUAUGGACCCCGGAUUGGUGCUCUGUAUAUUCGAGGGUUGGGACACAAAACUCCAGUUUAUCCUCUGUUUUAUGGAGGCGGUCAAGAAAGGGGCUAUCGACCUGGAACAGAAAAUACUCCCAUGAUUGCUGGUUUAGGCCGGGCCUCUUUGUUAGUUCACAACAACGUUCAAGAUUAUUAUGCGUCAAUGAAAAAAACCAGGAAUUACAUGGAAAGGCAGCUAAAGAAAGUCUUUGGCAAUCAGGUGAAGAUCAACUGUGUUGAUCCUUGCAUCCCAACAGACCCUGAAGCAUGCUCAGUACCGCCGAGAGGUCCAAAACAACAACACUUUAUUUUUCCCCGUCUCCCCAACACGUCGUCUGUCUCAUUUUACUACAGACAGGUAGCUGGUGCUGAAAUUCUUCGUCAUUGUCGACUGGUCCAAGCCAGUUGUGGUGCAGCCUGCCAUGCACAUACUGAACACCAAAGUAUCCUAGAAGCAUCUGGGGUUUGUUCUUUUCAUGCCUCGCGAACCAUCCGAUUAAGCUUAGGAAGAGAUACAACCAUGGAAGAAAUAGAUUUAGCAAUUCAAGAUAUAAAGCAAGCCAUUGAAAAACUCAUCGGUCAUGCAGUCUAGGAAUGCCAACUAAGGUGAUGGAGUUUGCAUUUGGCAGAAGUAGUUUUUCAAAAGAAGUAUCCAAAUUAUUCAUUUUUAAAUCACACAAACAAUAGUAAUUGUUGAUACAGUAUUUUCAAUAAUCUUAUUGCCAAGAAAUCCAUGUAAUAUUUUGGAAUCCUGGAGAUCUCUCCUGUGUUUAUUUUAAACUUAAAGUUAUGGAACUCGUAUUUUCAUUCUUAUUUUGUCAUGCAUAAAAGACUGAAGUAUAGUUUGGUCUUGAAACUAAUAUUUAGGCAUUGUACUUAAUCAGAAUCCAAAAAUAUUUUCAUCCUAACACCGAGAUAUCUGCUACUUCACAAGUUCAGGUAUUUCAUAUGAUGAAUCCAAAGUGAUGAUAUAAUUGUAAGUUUUCUUAUAUAUAGACUUUAUGUAAUAUUAUCUUGAGAUGAGACACGAGUUUUAUCCCUUUCUUUUGCUAACAGAUAGUAGCAAAAUUCACAGAUUCACAGAUAUUUGUAAGAAAUUAUAGAUUGUAGAUUUUUCAGUCUUAUCCAUAUGAGACUGAAAUCAGUUCAUCAAAGUAAUAAUUUUUUCAACUGUGAUAUGUUCAUUUUGCUUAUUUACAUAUGUUGCAUCGCAUAUUUUACAGGAUUUCACAAUUUAUGUCAUAUCCAAAGAGCGCAAGUAAUCCCUAUUAUUUCUAGUUUGAAGUAUAUUGAAGUACCACAUUACUGUAGAUAUCUUUUUUCCCAACCCUUAAGAUUCAGUGGAAUAUACAUGUAAUCUAGUUUUAUCACAUUUGAAUACCAUUUUUAUAUGGUAGUGUGAAUGCAUCCCUAACUAUUACUCAUACAAGAGGGUAAUGCUAUUGAUACAGCAGGGUAAAAUAGUUUCGGUAUUACACAUAUAAUUUUGUUACAAAAAACAUUUACUCAAUAAUUACUAUCAUUCUCAUCUACAUUUCCACAUUACCAGUAACAAUAUACUGUAAUUUAUUGCUCCUCUUUUCAAGUAUCUUCCCUUUGCAUAAUCUCAAGAAGAGUUAGGAUUUCAUUAUUGCAUAUCCAGCACUGCUUACAAGUCUUGUUUGAUUGUCAACUUGAUACACUAGUGUCCAAGUUCCCAAGAACUUGGAAUAUGAAGUCCUAUUUGUUUUUGAGUGUUUUGUUCACAAUUUUGUUUAGGGUAUAACUACAUAAAAAUUAAUGUAUGUAUCCUUCAACAUUUAAAAAUAGAAGUGUGAUAUAUCCUUCAACAUUUAAAAAUAGAAGUGUGAUAUAUUUUUCAUAAUUUAACAGCAUAACAGCAUAAAGCCAUAUGAAAAGAAUGAACUUACAAACAGAGCUAAAUGAAACUCAAUAGUAUAAGGUUUAUUACAUUCAGCGUACUUCAUUUCCUUUUAGAUUCAUCCCAUGGGUUAUACAAUUAUUGUAAUUGCAGGUAAUUCAAAGUUUACCCAUUGCAUCAGUGCACAUGCACCUUAAGGUAUUGUAGGUAUGAGUAUCGUCUGUUUCUCACCUAAUGUAACCUAAAUAUGGAUAUCAUCAGUUUCUCAUCUCAAUUUGAAAAACGGUCAAGAUAAUUUUCAUAAAAUGAAAAAUAUCUAGUGAUAAGUGUAACUGGUGCUAAUGUUGCUAACUGUAGAUUCACAUCAUUGUGGUGUACAUGCCUGCUGUUUAUGCAGAUUGGUACUCUACUUAGUAGGUUGCCUUGCCUGUAAAGGUGUUAGGUGACUAAUACAUCUAUGUAUAUGUUUUCAAACAUGAGCAUGUAUUUUACCCUCAUUAAUUAGUUCUCGGAUAUGGUUGGUACUGUAUACUACUAAAAUUGUUUGUUAUUUAUCACAGGGAUUACCUAUGACUCCAUGUAAUUAUAUGAAUUGUGAACUGCUGAAAGUAGACUAUAAAAUUGUGUGGAUCAGAUUUUAAAGAAAAUCAAAUUUCUUUAUUGGUGAAUUGAUGUUGGAUUACACUCCUUUGUAGAGUAGGCUGUGAUUGGUUGGUAUUCCAUUUUCUAUGGGCUCUGGUGUAUUAUGGUAAUAUCUCGUAGGUUUGUAUGGCACAAGGAAAUUUACCCUUAUCAAACAGAAUAGUGGCAGGUUUAAUUAGUUUGAGUUUUUAUUACAGGAUGUGUAGUAGAUAACUGAGACUUUCUAAAGCUGCAGUAAAUUCAUACUCUUACUAUUGUAUUAAAGUUUCAGUUCUGGUUAAACAUGAAUUUCUGUUAAAUUGUAUGGGAUAUGGUGAAAUUGUACAUGCUUAUUUAAAUUGUGAAGCCAUAAAAUAUAUUAAACCAGUAAGGUAUGACCAGCCUGUAUCCCCAAGUCAUGAAAAGUUGCUCUCUUAUCUGAAAUUAAUUCCUCGUGCAUUUGCUGAGAUUUUGUGAAAUGGUCAGGUAAACUGUAUUCACAGUUACAGGUCCUUAUGUGUUAAUGGCCUAGAGCUAUCUAUAGUCUUAAUUAGUGUUCAAAACCAAGUCAGUUGAACCAGUCAAAUUGAGGAGUAAGUAAUUUGUAAGACCAAAGAAGUACUGGGUAUUAUUGCUAUUGUAACAUUACCAAUUGGUCACAAGGUUUUGCAUUUGGGAAAAAUAUAGUAGAUCCAUUUGUUCAUUAUUCAGAAGAAAUGUAGUAGACCCAUUUGCUCAUUAUUCAAAAGGAUCAAAGAAGGAAAAUAGCCAGGGUUAGUAUUCAUGUUAGUUAAAUUGUCUACAUCUAACUGUUUUGUGUGAAAUACUUUGAAUUAAGAGAGAACAGAGCAAAAUUAUCACUUAUUUUCUUUUACAUGAAUUAUCACAACAAAUUUAUGCAACUGUUGCCAUGACUUGGGUAUCAUGAUUUUAACACUAAAGCUUUAGGAGUUUUUGUACAGUCUCAGCAAUCUGCACAUUCUUGUAAGAAAGCAUUCACUUUUGUAAGAUGCAUACAUAAGAAUUUUGAAAUGAUGCGUUCAUUUUGUCUUGGUCUUUAAAUACAGUCCAUAACAUUUUUAACAUAUUUCUUUAUAGAAUUGUAAAUAGUUUAUUUAUCUUUUUAUGUUUUUUUAUGGUGGAGACUAUGUUCUGAAAGCCAAAUAUGUCAGAUAUAGAAAUAUACUUUUCCAAAUUCUAUGUGAUAUAAAUUCUAGGUCAGGUGUUUCUUACAACUUCAGAUGUGGUUGUCAUAAUUUGUUUGCCCUGCCUUAUAGUUUUUUCCAUUUUCUCUCUAGUUACAAUUAAUUGUCAAUUACAUUAUAGUGAUAGCAUUUAAGAAUUCUUUACACCAUGAACAGACAGAUCUUUCCAAGUGUUUGAUUACUUGGUUUACAUUUUGUGUUUAAAGCUCUAUAACGGUGCUGCUUCAAACUUGCAUGCAAGGAACCUCACCCUAAAGUGUUAACAAAUGACAAUGUAUACACUUAUUAUAUGCAGUAUGAAAACCCUGCAUUGUGUAUCCUUCAAGUAUAAAAUUCUCCUGUUUUUAUUUGUUCUGUUUUAGUUUUUAAGACAUUUAGUUUAUCCUCUUGAAGAAUGCUUUAAGCUGAACAGCUCUUAUGAUUGUGAAUAUUUUUUCACAUUUGAGUGAUGAAAGCAAUAGUUGUGUGUGUGUAGAAUAUUGCAUCAAAACUGCCAUUAGAUAAUAAUUCAUACUAUUUAUAUCAGUUGUUGAUGUUGAGUGUGGCAUUAAAUGUUACAAGGUCAUUAUUAAUGAUAAGUUUUAUAAAUAAUCAGUAUCAUAGGAUGCUUUGAGGAAAUAGCAUCAACCGUAGGUCAGUUGUUCCCUUUCUCAGAAUCACAGUAGAUUUGCUUACCUAAAGAAUCUUGCUCAAAUUCAUGGAACAUUUCUUUUUUAGGAAUUUCUAUAUCAGUAAAGUAUACUGUAAAUAGAUUGCAUAUUAAAAGGAAGGGCUUGACAGUUUGCUUGCUAGUGCUUUCCAUGUGAUCUCUGUCAAUGUAGCUGGUAAUAUGAAAAUAUAUAGAAAUUUUGUUAAGAGCACAAAGUUAGCAUCAUUUAUGUAUUCUGAAUAUAUUUACAUAUAAUUGAUAUCCCCUUUUUGUGAGUGCUGAGGACAUUCAACCAACAUGUUUGUUAAUUAUGGUCACUUGUUAUUUGUGGAAGUAUGACAGGCUUAUUUUUGUAGCAUAGCUUUCAUAGAUGAAAAUUUACUUUGUAAUUUUAUGCUAAGUUUUUAUGUAUUUUUUUCUAUGAGGGCCUAGAUAACCCAGAAUUUAACAGUGCUGCAGGAAUUAUCAGAUACUGAAGCACAUAAUGUGUGGUUUUGAGUUACAGAAAUUUGUGUGGGGUUUUAAGUUGGUGAAUUUAUAGUACCUGACUCCAAUAGUGAUUAUGAGUGAAAGGUAAAUUUUUAUUUCUUUCUGAUAUAUUAAAAUUUUUGUUUUAUUAUUAGAAUACAUAUAUAAUUAGGUGUUACAGGUGUAUUGAUUUUUGUUAUGGCAUUAUGUUUCUGGUGAUGGGCCUAAGAACAGGUUUUAUCAAUGGUUUCAAUAUAAAAACCUAAAUUAGUAGCUCCAAUGUAUCACAAGAGAAGUUUGAUAUUGGGAAAGUGGGAUAUACCUGUUAUUAGGCUUUAAUGGCUAAUUUCUUGAUGUAGAGUAUUUUAGUUAUCAUUUUGACAUUCAUUGUUUAAAUCUGUCCUGUGCAGUAGCAAAAAGAUUUGUUGUAUGGUUGGAAAAUGUUUCUUUUUCAAUGCUUUGGUAUUUUAUCAGGCUUGUAUUUUGCUUCCUCUGUUCUCAUAGUGUCAUCCCAUCCUCUAUCAAAGUAAAUUCCAAAACAUUGAGUGGCAAGUGUUGGAUCAUGUGAUUAAUGCUUUACAUAGACUUUUUCUCUCUCUUCUCUCCCUCUUUCUCUUUCAGAGCUUUCGGUACCUAUGUUGAUCAUUUUUGCCACUAGUAGAGUUUCAUCACUAAGUUCUUUCAUGUACUUUGAUUGAGUUUGUGGAACCACUUACCCCUUUUUUUAGUGAGUUGAUGUUAGUGUUAUUAAAAAUAGACUUUUCAAAAGUCAAAGUUGUAAAAUAGAGUAGUGAAUGCUUUUGCAAGUAUAUUAUUUUACUAUAAACACAGUCGUAAAAUGUUUUUGUCCUGAAAGGGCAGUUUUCUCAUUUGAUGACUGUGGACCGUUCAUCCAAAAUGGUUUGUUAAAAGAUGCUAUUUUUAUAUUGAAUAUUCUAAAUGUCUUGGAAUAUGUAGAGUGGCGCUGCUUUUUUGACUUGUGAUAGUUUUCUCUGGUAGAUGUGCUUGCUUAAGAUUGUAGCUGUUUGUACUUUUUGUCAAUGAACACCAUUGUUUUCUUUUUUACCAUAGGACUUAGCAUGUGUUUCCAAUCUAAGUAAGAACAAUACUGGAGUUUUUACUGUGAUUAAUACUUGGCAUUUUUAUAUGAUUUAUAUAAAACAAUGGUGUUUUGCCUCUGCUCUACUGGAGUGCAGGCUGUACUCCUGCGAUGGCAAUUACUCUUUGCAGCAAGCGGUCGAUUGGUUGGUUGGUGCAGUGUGGGUUUAUAUAUCAUUUAUGGUGUGUCUCCAGAAGGUCAGAAGAGUGUGUGAACUGUGAUUGUUGAUUGUUGGUCGAGUCUUCCAGUUUUGGCAAACAAAGAAAUGAAAAUGAUGCAGCUGCAGCUUAAGAGGUCUUGUAUCAUAACAGUCCCUAGGAUUUCAUUUCUUUCCACACUGCUAAUAUUUCUUCAUGUAUGUAAUGUUUAUCUACAUUAUAAUAUUUUUUAUAUUUUCACAAUGUUUUGUCCAGGUUUGAAAAGUUAUGAGGAAUCCAUGUGGCAAAUAAAUGGUACUAGGCUGGUGAUAGUCGAAACUCUUGAGUAAAGAAAAUAAAAUGGGUUGCCUCUGGUUUUAAAAGGAAUAAAGCAGUUACCUGUCACUAUAUUGACCAUGAUUUAUUUGGUAUUAUUAUUUAAGAGUGGUUUGAGCCUGUCAUUAAAAUUGUAAUUCCAUGAUUUGAAUGAACUUCCACUUUACUGUACAUUAUACCUAACCCAUUAUUAGAAAUGUGAUAGGCUUUCAGAUUGUUUUUGUGAGUUCUUAUACUAAUUAAAGUACAAUUUAUACUUUUAAAAACUUGUUAAUAUUACCAAUUCAUAGUUCUUUGCAUUAUCGACAGGUACAGUACAUACUACAGUAGUACUAUAUUACUUUAUCAUGGCAGAGCUUUGUUGAUCCUAAUACAGUAUAUUUAAUUCAUGUCAUUUUCCCUUUUUGGUGCAUUAUGUCCCCAUAAUAAAUGAAAUUUCAAUUGGGGGCAGUAGACUAUGGUGCUAAAUAUUGUGUUCAACUGGCUAGGUAGAAGUUUUGAGGCAACCCAGAUGUAUUGUAGCAGCAGCUUCUUAUUGAACCAAGUUUGCUAAUGAGAAAUAAAUAGCAAACCUUAGUAUAAUUGAUCAUUAGACUGUAAGUCAUUAAAAGAGGAACUCUCUAUAAAUCUUAUAUUGGUGCAUUUUGGAAUUGAUGGUAGAAUGAGCAUUUCAUGUGUGUUGGCUUAAGGUUGGUUGAGGACAUUCCAGACAUCGCUACCUGAAAAGUAAUGGUGCAUGCGCACCCUAAGCAAGUGCUAGUUUGUAUUAAUAGUUAUAAAUGAAUGGUGUGUAGUGGUGCCCCAUGCUUGUAUACUUUAUGCCUCUUUCUUGAAUUAGUAGUAGUAUUGAUGUAGUCUUCAUACUUUUUAUGAAACUUUUUAUAUAAAACUUGAUUUAAUUAAAUCAAAAUGUCUUUAAUGUGUAUGCUUCCAUGGGGCACAAGGAGUUGCUAGUCUGGGGUGGCUGGUGUGUUUUAAAUAUAUCUGCCACCGUAAUCCCCUAAAUCUAAAGCAACACUCCCAAAAUAUUUUUAUUCCAUCACCAAAAUGAGUAAGACAUUUUGCUCACCAACAGUGAUGUGUAAGAAUUUGGGUGACUGUCUCAACAGAAGCAUGGGACACUAAACUGUUGUAGUCGUACGCUGAAAUAAAGCACUUAAGUGUU